UAUGGAAAAAAAUCAGGAAAGGAGGAGUAGCAAGUGCAAAUAUAUUAGUAGCACAAAUUAAAAAAUAUGAUGCAUGUGAACCACCAUAUAAUUUUGGUUUUGUAGAAGAAAUUGAGUCACCACAAACCUGGUGGAAUGGAUGCAAAUUAGACAACCAUUAUUUGCAAAAACUUGCUUUAUAUUUACUAGCGAUUACACCGCAUAGUGCUAGUUGUGAAC